GGUAGCCAUUUAGAUCACAUGAUUUACACAAAAUGACGUCACGGGACGGUCACAUGCUCCUGCUGCUGGAUCAGCAGAGGGGGACAGAAUCUACCCGACCCGUGAGAAACAACAAACACAGCGAAGGGAGCGGGUUUGAAAAGAUCAAGUCUGGAGGGGCACCUAUAAUUUCAUCACGUGAAUACCACCACAGCUGUCUUUUUUUGCUGCCACACAGCUGAAGUGAAGACAGUAUGAGGUGCCAGCUUCCUUGAUGUUACCUCCUCACCCACCCCUGUCCUAUUAGUAUUAGAUUGUUUUCUAGAUAUUUCUUUGACAAUGUCCCGCACUGCCGUAGCGAUCAACAGUGACUAUAAUGACUUGGGCUGGAGAGAGGAUGCGGGGGAGAGAGCCUGGCUGCUCCAGAGCCCCAGUGUGGAGAGUGAGCCCAAGAGUGACAGCAAGGAGCCCAGGGGGGGCACCUCCUCCAUCGGAGCCGUCUUUAUCGUGGUGAACGCUGCCCUGGGGGCCGGCCUCCUCAACUUCCCGGCAGCUUUCAACACAGCGGGCGGAGUCACCUCUGGAGUAGUCCUGCAGAUGUGCAUGCUGGUAUUCAUCAUCGCCGGGCUGGUGGUCCUGGCCUACUGCUCCCAGGUCAGCAACGAGAGCACCUACCAGGAGGUGGUGCGGGCCGUGUGUGGGCGUGUCCCGGGCGUGCUCUGUGACGUCGCCAUCGCCGUCUACACCUUCGGAACCUGCAUCGCCUUCCUCAUCAUCAUCGGGGACCAGCUGGAUAAGCUGAUCGGAGCCAUGACCCACGAGUCAGAAGGGGAGGUGAGCACCAGCUGGUACACAGACCGCAAAUUCACCAUCAGCCUGACCUCCAUCCUGCUGAUUCUCCCUCUCUCCAUCCCCAAGGAGAUCGGCUUCCAGAAGUAUGCCAGUGCCCUGAGUGUGAUCGGAACGUGGUACGUCACCAUUGUUAUCAUCAUCAAGUACAUCUGGCCGGAUAAGGAGAUCACACCCGGGUACAUCCCUACCAGCCCUUCCUCGUGGACCGCAGUGUUCAACGCCAUGCCAACCAUAUGCUUCGGAUUCCAGUGCCAUGUGAGCAGUGUGCCCGUGUUCAACAGCAUGAAGAGGCCGGAGAUAAAGCCCUGGGGCUGGGUGGUGACGGUUGGCAUGAUCAUCUGUCUCUUCGUCUACACUGGCACAGGGGUGUGUGGGUUCUUGACGUUCGGCUCCAAUGUGAACCAGGACGUGCUGCUAUCCUACCCCUCCAACGACAUCCCAGUGGCCGUCGCCCGAGCCUUCAUCGUGGUCUGUGUGCUCACCUCCUACCCGAUCCUGCACUUCUGCGGCAGGGCGGUGCUGGAGGGGCUCUGGCUGCGGUUCCGGGGCGAGCCCGUGGAGGUGGAUGUGACUCGGGAGCGGCGGCGGCGAGUUCUGCAGACCGUGGUGUGGUUCUCACUGACCCUCCUACUGGCGCUGUUCAUCCCUGACAUCGGGCGUGUCAUCUCCCUCAUCGGGGGGCUGGCAGCCUGUUUCAUCUUCAUCUUCCCAGGGCUGUGUCUGAUUCAAGCCAAACUGUCAGAGAUCCAGGAAGUCAAACCUGCAAGCUGGUGGGCGCUGGUGUCCUACGGCAUCUUCAUGGUCACUCUGGGGGCCUUCAUCUUCGGCCAGACCACCACCAACGCCAUCUACCGAGACGUCAUCCACCAGAACACAGAAUAAACACAACCCCGCUGACUGAGUGCUGCCCCCUACUGCAUGGGAAGACCUCUGAAUCCAGACAGCACAACACACACACAGCAGAAACACUUGGCUCCAUGAACAACAAUGCAGACUGUAGUCUCUGUGUGGAAUUUGCAUAGUAAGUACAAGUCAGCUCAGGAACUCAGGAGUGUGUGGACGGCUGCUUGUUUUAAUAACAGUAUGAUCUAGAUACCACUGCUGACCAGUAAUGUCCACUGCGCAGUAAGAAAGUGAUCUGCACAUAACAAGCUUUGUAGCACUCGAUUGCUGACAGUGGCGUGGGUUUUUUACUCUGGCUGUUAAUUAUGAUUUAAUAUUGACCCCAGUUUGGUUGGGUUUGAAUUCCUUCUCUGAUCACUGUAGAUCAACGUUUAAAGAAAAAAAUACUGUGGUUUCCUACAAUAUGUAGAUCAUGAAGCAGUGUCUGCUGUCCUGGUAGACAACUAAGGGAUGGUGGGGUUUGGAAAAUGUAGGGUGGAUCAAUCCUGCAUGUAAACCCCCUUUUACUUGUAAUUUUAGCUAUAAAACUGAACCAUAGCAUCAGGAGUUUGGCUGUACAGUCGACUGGAAUUAUUCAAAAGCUUCUGUAAAGGGGUGUAAAAUGUGGGUUUAAAAAUGGAAACCAUGUGUUGCUAUCUCUGUGCUACUGUACAGCUAUGGCCAAAAGUGUAAUUCAUUCUAUAGGGUGAUGCAAAACAUUUGGCCAGAGCUGUAAAUACAACACUAUGCCCCCUUGUGGGUCACAAAAAAAUUGCAACUUGCUGGUAUCACUAAAAUCUUUUAAAUAAUUUCAGUCACUAAGACACUGGGCCUGAUUUACCACAGUCUACACACCAGAAUCCAACCAUUGUUAGUGAAGUUAAAACGAGUUACCUGCAAGUUAUAAGAUUAAUUUGCAAAGUCAAAUGACUUGGGUGUUUAUUCCCAGUUUUGUAACAUCGGCAGUUAUUUUCAUUCUUAAAAAACAAACAAAAAAAAAAAAAGCUUUCAAACUUACAUUACAAAUGACACUUUGAUAAAUCAGGCCGGUUGUGUUGUAAUUAGAGGGACAGCAGCUCAGAUUUGUUUUAUAAACUUGAAAAUGGUGAAACGGGUUAUAUACUUCACUGUAAGCAAUGUCUUCUGGUGCAGAACGCGUCUUGCAAACUGCCUCUGCAGAAUCUCAUGCAUUCCCAUAUGUGUGCACCUCCUUGCAGGGUGAACAGGGUUUUAGAAACCAAUCACAUAUAUACAGCAUGCAUUCAACUGAUAAGACUUAAUACCACUAGUUGACAGAGACAGUGCAUGCAAGAGGUUUUCAAGCACUGGAAACAGCUGCUGCUUGCUUUGUCUUGUAGCAGCAUUACCACACCAUUGCUUCAAGGGAUACAAAUUCAUUUUCUUAUCUCUUUUUAGCAUAAGUAACUUUCACUGGCCCCUAUUUCGUUGUGCCAAAGAUCUUUGGUGUGUGUGUGUGUGUUUUUGUUUUUUUUUCAUUUCGUAGAUUUUUUUUUUAAACAUGAAUGUGGUUGCUUCCUGGGGUAAGAAUAUGGAUUUUAAAGUCGAAGUUGUCGCCCCUUUCGACCGGAUUGACUGAAUAAAGAUGAUUCUGAUGUGUUAAAUGCAGCGCAUAAUCGUUUACACUAUGUACUUUUAUACCUCCUUAUUUUUAUUGUUUUAAUUUUUUAUGUAACUAAAAUAAAGGAAUAAAUACUGCUAAUUAAUCGUU